CGGCGGAUUAUGAGUUCACAUCGCCCGAUGAUGGUGCUAGUUCUACAAAAAUGUUAGAAGAAACUCCUUCAGGUAACGAUAGGUUCUAUGAACCUGUACCGCGGUAUCGAGCGCCUGCUUUGCAAGUGUUUCCUAAGUAUUAUCAGGGUCGAUUCGGUCGUCCUUACGCGCCGGGUUAUGGUUUCGAUCCAUAUACAUUCGCUCCGGCUGUGCGGAAUGGGUUUUACGGACCGAAUAGUGGUUGGAAGGCGCGAAGUCCCCGUGUUGUGUUUCCGUACGCGUCAGACAAUGUGAACUCAGUGCAAACAAACUCACACGCAGGUCCUAAUGUGAACGAUAAUGUUGUGUUCCGUGAACAAAACUUCGGCACCAAUGACAUCGGUGCGGAGGAACAGAGCCUGCAGGACAUCGGAACGGGCAGUGCGGAUGCUUUCGCGGAGAGAGAUGCCAAUGACCCACAUCGAGCUCGAAACGACGAAAAGAGAAAUGAAUUUAGAAUAAAAAAGAUCGGGACACCAUUGAAACUCGAGAAACCGAUGUUUAUUCAGACGGGAGUAACGAAAAAUGUACAAUAUUUAAAAAGACACGACAUAUUCGUGUAUCCGAAUGAAACAGAGGCUGUGUUACCAAAGUUCAAACCUAUAUCAGAUGCUCAGAUGAUGAGAAUUAGUGAGAUUUUAAAAGAAAUGACAGAUAGUACAAAGGAGAGUACAAAUAGUUUAAGAAAAGGUCGUCUGUUAGACAGUACCGCACAACCGAGCGCUUCCACCCAGCAAGCAAUAAAACCAGACAUUGUUGAAUCAACUUUAGAUAGACAAGAUGAUAAAAAAUGCUUCCAAGGUGGUACAUGUGAAUUCUUUAUGUACUGUUGGAUGGUUGGUGGUUUAUUGGAUGGUUCUUGUGGAGGUUUGCUUAAAGGAUGCUGCCAUAGAAAUUCGAAAGCCGGUAUCUUGGGUGUUCAAGACUCGAACAGCUUAGAUUAUGCGUCGAACGAGGGAUUGAGCUAUGGUCCCGUUAUAAAUGAUGAAAGUUGUGGUAUAGCGGUGAACAAGCAGACAGCUCAGCGAAGGAUUGUUGGCGGAGAUGACGCUGGCUUCGGCACGUUCCCCUGGCAGGCGUACAUACGUAUCGGAUCGUCCAGAUGUGGGGGCUCGUUGAUCUCUCGUCGCCAUGUCGUGACCGCUGGCCACUGCGUUGCGCGCGCGCAGCCGCGUCACGUCAGAGUGACCCUUGGAGACUACGUCAUCAACUCCGCGGCGGAGCCUCUACCAGCGUACACGUUCGGAGUACGAACGAUCAAAGUGCAUCCCCUAUUCAAGUUCACGCCUCAAGCCGAUCGAUUUGACGUCGCUGUUCUGACGCUCGAUCGUAACGUGCAUUACAUGCCUCACAUAGCGCCAAUCUGCUUGCCGGAGCGAGGGUCAGACUUCCUGGGGCAGUACGGCUGGGCGGCAGGCUGGGGCGCACUGAGCCCUGGCUCGCGGCUGCGCCCACGCACCCUGCAGGCAGUCGACGUGCCAGUUCUAGAUAAUAGAGUAUGCGAACGGUGGCAUCGAGCUAAUGGUAUCAAUGUAGUGAUAUACCCUGAGAUGCUGUGCGCGGGCUACCGGGGCGGGGGGAAAGACAGCUGUCAAGGCGAUAGUGGUGGGCCUUUGAUGCUGGAGAGGACUGGGCGCUGGUACCUCAUCGGCGUGGUGUCCGCGGGCUACUCGUGUGCUAGCCGCGGCCAGCCCGGGAUCUAUCAUCGAGUCGCACAUACGGUGGACUGGAUAUCACAUGCGACAACACUAUCAUAGCGAUAGUUACAUGUGUCAUGUGUGAAAUGAGAUUAAAAACGCCAGUGGUAGUGAAGUGUUUGUGUCGAGAAUGUUUGUUGAUGAUACAGAGAAUUUUAAGGCUUAGAUUACGAUGCCUACUUCAUUAAUGUUACCACCAAAAAAGCAUAUUUUUAAGUGGACAGAUUGUAAUAAUCAUUAUUAAUAACCAAAUGUAGUUACUGGCCAGAAAUACUGACGUGUGUCAUAUGAAUCAGUUGAAUUUGGAAUAAAAAUAACUUAUGAGAUUGCAUAACAAAAGAUAUUUAAAAAAGUAUUGGUGUUAAUUUUUAAAUUUCAUAAUAUUCUAGGAUAUGUACCUAAUUAUAAUUUCUAUAGACAGAAAUGUAAGCUUGAAACACUCAUAGACUAGAUAUAGUCCUUAAAAAUAUUGUGAUAAAUCGUAAACCGGCCGUAAUUGCAAUAAUUCUAAAGCUAUUUACUGUCUAUAACAUUUUGUAAAUAAAAGAAAGCAGUAAAUAACUAUAAAUGUAAAUAAAAAUCAACUACAAAUUACAUUUUUCAUAUUGACGUCAAUAGUUAAUACUUAAAUGUAAAUAGUAUUCAUCUAUAUUUUGUCGGUAACGCUUGUCAUAAAUUAUUUUCAAAAGCUUCGUUAUUUAUUAUUGUGACGCUAAACUUAAAGCUCUUUUGUUAAUAUUUUUUUAUCCUUUUUAAACUAUUUAAGCCUUAAACCUAAGUGACUUUAAAUAAUAUUUAAUAAGUUAAUAAACUGUAUUUAUUGUUAAUUUAAA